AGACCCCAGUUCAUCAACCACCGCCUCAAAAAGCACCACAGAAUUAAACCUCUGAAUGAUAUUUGCUAAAAAAAAGUUAAUAUGAUGACAGUGUGUAAAAAAUACAUCAUUUUAUUCAAUAAUCUGGCAGACUUUCAACAACUGUAGCUAUUUCUGUUUUUGCUUUUGCUGCACCGUGGUGUUAUGGUCAGAGGUUCAGGGAUAAAAUAGAUAUCUGUACAUAAAUAACUUAAAUCUAGUCUAAAACCUAAAAUGCUCACACUAUUUUCUUGUCUUAUCUUCAAAAAAAGAAGAAAAAAAAAAAAGAUAUUUACACAAAUUACGGCUGUAUUUUCCUGUUUUAUUGUAUCUUCUUAACCACCGCUAUAACCAAAUACUAUGAGAACAUCAUGAAAAAAUCUGAAUGAACUGAUGUUAAUGUAUUAUAUGUACAGUAUACACCAUGUUCAGUGUUAUGCAACAUCUAGUUAUUUCUUCAUUAAAAGAUUAUUCUUAAUCAUUUCUAUUUUUAUUUGUACUUUUAUUCUUACUGUUGUACAGUUGAUACUCAGUGUGUUUGAUCAAUGCUACGUGUUUCUCAUGACGAUGGAAUAGAGUGGACAUGAUUGCUUGCUAGAAGUAUAACUGCAUUUGCAUCUCGUGUGUUUUCUCGUUUUAUAUGUUAUGAGUGAUGUUUGUGAUUUUAGAUUAAAUUUUUUUGACAAACAUGAUGCAUUAUGUCACACUUUUAUUUUUAACAUUGUUUACCUUCUCAUCCUAUACUUGAUUUUACAAAGUGAUUGUGUUUAUUGUCACGUAGACCUCUGCACAGUUCCCUCCCAAAGUUAGGGGUCAAAGGUCAACACCUAGAAUGUGAAUAGUUACUGAUAAUAAAUAACACACAAACUAUUUGGUGAAAUCUGCACAGUUCAUAUCUUAUUAUGGACUGGGACAUACCCAAAAGUGAUGCUUAAAUGCUGCAUGAUCACAGCAACAUGCAUCAAGUGUGAUAGUUCAUUUUGUUCAUGAUGACCAGGACAGUUAUUAUGCUGACUGACAGCAAGAUAGACCAAUCGGUUCAUGUACAAGCCUGUCAGAGUUGUAACGAAUAAAUAUCAGUCAGAGUGAAAAAAAAAGGAAGUAGACUUGCGUGGGUGACUUUAAUAUCAUCUCAGGAAACUCUGCCGUGCAGAUGCUGAAGAUUAACCAUCAGAUAAACAGGGGCACUGACAGCUGAAGUAACAGAGUCACGAUAUUUUCACUGAGCAUUUUCAAAAUGAGGACUCUUCUUCUGCUUCUCCUCUCACUCAUGACAGGUUGUGAGGCUGUGUCUAAUGUGAAGGGAUGCCGAGACGGAUGGGUUGAAUUCACCUGCAACUAUCAAAGAUCUGGUUUUACUUUAACUAAACCGGGAUAUACAUUCAUGCAAAGUUCUAAAAACAAUGAGUGGGAAACCACAGACAGUGUUUCCCUGUACCAUGAUACAAAAAAUAAAAAAGUCAGAGUGCUCAUCAAAAAACUUAAACAAGAACACUUUGCAGAAUACCAGUGUAAAAAGCAGGGGUCAAACUUCAACACAGUAAAACUAGAGAAUGACAGAGACGGCUGCCUGGGACAAUUUAUUCAAACUGUGUACAGAACAGCUAAAACCGCCAUCACAUGUAAUUAUACAAGAAACAGAGAUGUCCUGUUUUUCUGCAAAGAGAACAAUUUCACCUGUGAGGACAUCUUAUCAACUGAAUCUUCUCCAAAGUUAAACGAGACAUUCACUCUCACAAAAACCAACACAGGCUUCACCGUGUCCAUCAGUAAAGUGUCCUCACAUCAUGCUGGUGUCUACUGGUGUGGAAUAAAGUCAAAUGAUGGAAGUUACCGAGCUGGAUUCAGAAAAAUACAACUAGAAGUUGAAGAUAUUACAAUCUUCACAAGGUCUCUAACUAUUGGACAGAGUUUUACAUACUGGUGUGCAUAUCCAGACCGUGCUCCGAUAAAGAAAUUCAUCUGUAAGGGAGAAGAUCCAUCUAUAUGUGAACCUCUAGUGAACACCAUGGAGCUCAGCAAGAACACUGGGAGGUUUUCCAUGAAGGAUAACAGAAAGAAGAGAAACAUCACCAUAACAGUGAGAGAAGUAACAACAGACGACACUGGGACAUACUGGUGUGGAGCAAAAAGCGACAAAGACAAACUCAGUAACCCAUUCUUCCACAGAUUCUCGAUGACUGUAGUACAAACACCAACACCCACAUCUCGUGUUUCUUCAGCCCAGUCUACGACUACUUCAACAUCCGCUGAGAACAAUGUACAAACAUCACGACCAACAACACCACCACCAGCACCAACACCAACACAGACAUCAACACCAACACCCACAUCUGGUGUUUCUUCAGCCCAGUCUACGACUACUUCAACAUCUGCUGAGAACAAUGGCGGCUCUUGGCUCUUGACUGUCUGUGUAGGUGUGCUGCUGGUGCUGUUUGUGCUCAUUUUGUUCUUCAUCUACAAACGAUUCUCACAUUCAAAAAACGCAAGAAAUGAAGCAGCAGCACAGAACAUCAGAGAGGUUAAUGACUACGAGGAAUUAGAGGAGCACGUCCAUAAUGGAAACUCAGGAAAUGCCACUGCCAACUGUUCCACAGAUCCCUCUGGCUCACUGCAUUAUGCGACAAUCAACUUUCAGAAGCACUCUAGCAAAGCUGGUGGUAGGAAGGCAGUGAUCCUCAAACCCAGCUUAUCUGCCUGUGAAUAUUCAACUGUGAAGUGCAGCCAAAGUCCAACUUACUAUAAUGUCAACAGCUAUUUAGAGCACCCUCUCUACUCAACAGUCAAAAAACAGAAAACAACAGAAAGAGUUUAUAUGGUUUAAAGCAAAGAUUUUAUUGUCAUUUCUGUUAUUUUACACUCUGCAAGUGCUUGCUUAUGGUGGAAUUGUUCGGUCUCUGUAGAUAAUAUUACAAAGAGUACGGUUAGACCUGCUCUGUGUGGAAGUAUCAUGAGAUCAGGGGUGCACCGAAAUGAAGAUUUUCGGCCGAAACCAAAUAAAAAUUAAAUGGUUGGCCGAAUACCGAAACCGAAUAUGAAAUGCGGUUGUUAAAUUUUUCACUAUUUUUUUUUACUAUUGUAUAAAU